UUAAAAAAAAAGAGAUUUGUAUCUGUGUCAUUUUUGGUGAAAACUUUUUAUUUUAAAGUGAAAUUUUAUAUAAUUGUUAGCAACAACCUGGCAUUUUGCAGAACUCUUAUCGAAAUCGUUAUAAACUCCCUACAUUGAAAAUUCUGUUAUGUUACCAGUGAACAUCACAAAGCUAUAUUUCGUUUGGUUUUCUGGUCAAAGUUUUUAAUAAUUUAGUGUUAGAAUCAUGGUUAAAUUAUAUUGCAUUAGUAUUUUAUACAAAGGGAGUUCGUCAGCGACUUGGUUAAAAUCUGCUUUUGACUUACAAACUUUUAGUUUUUUCCAAAGAGGAUCUGUUCAGGAGUUUAUGACAUUCUUUUGUAAAACUAUAGUGGAACGAACUAUACCAGCUUCUAGGCAAUCUGUUAAGGAAGGAGAAUAUUUGUGUCAUGUGUAUGUUAGACAUGACAACUUAGCUGGCGUUGUAAUAUCAGACCAUGAGUAUCCUUCUAGAGUAUCUCAUACAUUGAUUACAAAGAUAUUAGAUGAAUUUGCUGCAAAAAUUCUACCAGCAAACUGGCCCAAUUUACAAGAAAAGGAUGUAGCUUUUCCCCAAUUAAAUACAUACCUUGCCAAAUACCAAAAUCCUAGAGAAGCUGAUGCUAUGACUAAAAUACAGGAAGAUCUUGAUGAAACGAAAAUUAUUCUGCAUAAUACAAUACAGGCUGUGUUAGAAAGAGGAGAAAAAUUGGAUGAUCUGGUAAAUAAAUCGGAGGGUUUGAGUAUACAAUCAAAGGCAUUUUAUAAGACAGCAAGAAAAACAAAUAGUUGUUGUAGCUUCACUUAAAGGAAAAUUAAACCAUUCCCCAUAAAUGUAUACAUUUAGAAUAUUUUCUAAAGUAAUUUAUGGUGUAAUUUUGUGUUAAACAGCUUUAUGCAUACCUAUGUGACUAUAUAUUAAAUAAGGACAGGGUGAUAUGCCUAUUAAACUGUUAUUAAAUGUAUUAGUGUAAGAAAAUUACCAUAAAAUUUCCUUGUGUUAUAUAAAACAGCAUGUGGUUGCAAAGUUCAUAUAAAAUUAAAUGUUAAAAUAUUUUUAAAUGGCAAAUAAUAUGUCAAUGUUUAUUAUAAUAAAUGUUCAUUGUAUUUUAGUUUAUUUUAAUCACAUAAACGGUUUUCUUUUUAUAAUUUA